AUGGAUUGGGCAGAGAGGGCCGAUCAGCUGCUACAACGGGCACAGCAGCUCCAGCAGCAGCUGACGGAGGACGAGGUGGGAACACAGUCGACCCUGAAGCGCCCGGAGCCGAGUCGGCUAUCAAAUCGAGCAGUGGCGGAGCUAGAGCUCAUUCUGGCAGAGGAUCCUAUGUGCGCAGGUGCCAAAGUCGCAUCGAGCAACGAGGAGAAGGAUUCGGUUGCUCCUGCUCUCGAAGUGCCAGCUCCAGCAGCUGUCGAGGUGACAAAGGAGUCUGCGGUGCCUACAAAGCCAGCGGCCCAAUUACUUGAAGACUUCGAUGGACUCCGCCUUCAGUUUCGGAGACUCGAGUUGACUUCUUUGGGACUUCGUCAGACCAGGGACUCUGAUGGACUUUGGCUUCAGUGCCGCAUCGCUUUAGGUGACAAACGAGGAGAGCCUGUGGAAGAAGUUCUUCUUCGCUGCCAGGGGGACAGCAACGUUGAGAUCCAGCACUCCUCGCAUGUGCGCAAAGCAGAGCCAGCAGACUGGCGUGAAGUGGCGACUCAACCGUUGCGGCUGGGCCUGCUGACAUCAAAAGCUGCACGAGGGCACGCAGCACCCAAAGGAGACAAGCCCUUCAUCCUGUGGCAGAGGCAGAGCUGCUGUGGUUUGCGGCACUGCUUGAGCCAGGGACUGCGUGCCCAUUCACUGCCGAGCUGCGUGCCGUGA